CCUGGUUACCGUGGGAUGGCGCCGGGCCUUGCUGGAGGCCCAGGCCUGGCUCCUGCUGGCGGAAGCGCUGAGUCAACGGGGCCUGGCACGGGGCCGCCGGUGUCACCGGGCCGGUAUCCCGGAAGCACCUCGCUGCGGGGCUCUGUCUCCCCCCUCCCCGGCUCCCCUUCCCCCCCCCCCCCCCCCCCAAUACCGGGGCCGAGCGCCGUUACCGUCGGUGGAGGUGCGGAUGAGGUCCGCCAUGAGAGAAGCAACCUGGCCGGGGUGCGGCACAUCCUGCUGGUGCUCUCCGGGAAGGGCGGCGUGGGGAAGAGCACCAUCUCCACCGAGCUGGCUCUGUCGCUGCGCCACUCUGGGAAGAAGGUGGGGAUCCUGGACGUGGACCUGUGCGGCCCCAGCAUACCCCGCAUGUUCAGGGUGCAGGACAACAGCGUGCACCAGUGCGACAGUGGCUGGGUCCCAGUCUUUGUGGACCAAGACAAGAGCAUCUCACUUAUGUCCAUUGGCUUCCUGCUGGAGAAUCCAGAUGAUGCUGUGGUGUGGAGAGGACCCAAGAAAAAUGCAUUGAUCAAACAAUUUGUUGCUGACGUGGCCUGGGGGGACCUGGACUUCCUUAUUGUAGACACACCACCGGGCACAUCCGAUGAGCACAUCUCCACAGUGGAGGCCUUGCGGCCCUACCAACUGCUUGGAGCAAUCCUGGUCACAACGCCCCAGGCUGUAUCUGUGGGAGAUGUGAGGCGAGAGCUGACGUUCUGUAAGAAGAUGAACUUACGAGUUCUUGGCAUUGUGGAGAACAUGAGUGGCUUCGUCUGCCCACACUGCUCGGAGUGCACAAAUAUCUUUUCCAAAGGGGGAGGUGAGGAGCUGGCCAAGCAUGCUGGAGUCCCAUUCCUAGGCUGUGUCCCCCUGGACCCCCAACUCAGCCAGAGCUUGGAAGAAGGCAGAGACUUCAUCCAAGAGUUUCCCAAGAGCUCUGCCUUCCCUGCCCUGGCUCACAUUGCCCAACAGAUCUUGGAUGGUACAUCGCAGCAGAGCUCCUGAGGAGGAGGGUGUGGAGCUGGACUCUUGCUGGCUGAGGCCCUGGCCUGGCAGCACCACCGGCAGCCCAUGCCGGCAGGGAAGGGGGGUUGUUUAAAACUGUCUCAGUGGGGGGUGAUGGAGGGAGCGGGGAGUGCAGCAUCAGUGCGCUCACGGCAAUCCAUGAAGUACUGCUCCAUCCCCCUGGAUCUGAAGAGACCCUGCAUGGGUGCUCCUGCCUGCACCACAGCAGCCUGCUUCUUGCCUUCUCAGCAUGGCAGCGCUCUGCACAGAUGGUACAGCUGUUCCAGCACCUUCCUCCCCUGCCAGCCACUGUGCAGGUGCCUGGGGAGCUCUAGCUUCUAUCCACAGCGUCUUGUGUGCUGGAGUAAACGCCAUCAACUGUUCUUUCCUCAGUAAACCCAAACAGCACCAAUCAUUUGGGUUGUGGCUCCAUGUGCUGCUGCCUUCUACUGCCUUCCUUGCGUGAUAGAUUACAUGGUACUUCAUUCUGUGGCUCGAGUUUGUGCUGAAUGCUCUGACGCAGACCCAAGCCAGGCCACCUUGCUGUGAAAUCUCAGGUUGCUGGUUCCUGAUGGGCUGAUGAGGGCACAGCAUGUGCUUCAUGUGAGAUGGUGUCCUUAGGAGAUCUACCACCUGUCUGAGGCAUCCCACCAUGCUGGAAACAAGGUGUCUGGUCUGCUGAGGGCCGUUACUGUGACUCAGGAAUAUUUUUAAAGGUUCCAGGCAGUAAACACUUUUCUUAAAAUCCAA